ACAACCUCCUCCCACUUUUUUUGCAAGGAAAACACUUACCUUAUAACUAGCUAUACGAUGGCGAAGAAUCAACGUCUGUAAGCGAUUAAAGAUAAUGCAAGACACAGGGAACGGCAGUCUUGAUGGAGGAUACUCUGAAGAAGCGGAUAUAUCAUUCAUCAGAACUGAAGAUGUCAUCUGUCUGUCCUGUACUGGUGGAGACUCUAUGAGACGUGGCUACCUAGCUGCCAAGGGAUUCGGCUCCCAGCUGUGUCACCUCAUACCAGAGCCUCAAAACCAGGAAUCGUGUGAGCUGUGGCGAUGCAUGUUUCAACUAGAGGACGCCAUGUCCGUCCAUGCCAUGUACACGCACGGCAUGAGCAAAGAAAAGAGGGGAGGCAGUCGUAAGAUCUUGAUGUACGGCCAUGCUGUGCUGUUGAGACAUGUCCCUGCCAAGAGGCUCCUCAGCUGCCUCACUACCUCACCUGGUAACGAUAAGAUGGCCUAUGAUAUUGGCUUCACAAGACGUGGAGAAGGGUCACUGAGUGAGAGCGAAUGGUUCACUGUUCAUCCGUCCUCUAGCCAGCGCUCUGAGGGAGAGAAGGUCAGAGCGGGUGACGACAUAUUUCUUGUCAGUGUCUCCAAUGAGAGAUACUUGAGUGCUGAAACAUCAUUCUUCCAUAGUACCGACAUCGAUCCAUUUGCCAAGAAGUUGCCGCUAGUCCACGCGUCCUUCCACCAGUGUGUGUGGAGUCUCCACAUCAUCUCCUCUGGUAGUGCUAAAGAGGCUGCUGUUGGUUAUGUCAAUGGUGGUGACGUACUGAGACUGGUACAUCGUAACAAGAACAAGGCGUGUUUGACGGUGGGGGCACGAGACUGUGACCUCAGUGUCAAGCUACCCGUACCUACCAAAGCUGAUGUUCGCUACGAGGCCCUGGAGGACAAGAGUCACCUUCGUUCCCUCUGGAGAGUGGAGCUCUUUCAGAUGAAGUUUGGUGGAGGAUUCACCAGCUGGGGUCAGCCAUUCAGACUUAAGCACUUAGUUACGGGCAAAUACCUCGCUGUCAAGACACGCGGCACAGAUAUGUUUGAGGGCAGCAGUGGUGUGGGCGGUGUAGCUCGGAGCAAUAGUUGGGGUGUAAGGCGUGAGGGGGCGGAGAGACUGUCUCGUGAGGGUAGUGGUGUGGGCGUGAAGAAGAGCUCUGGCAAGGGACAUUGUAAGCAGCAAUGGUCUGUGUGUUUAGUGGACCCCUUGGAGGCAGAGAGGGACCUCACUGCAUUCUGCUUCUCCAAGACAACAUUCCAGCCAUCAUCGUUACAUGGGGUGUGGUCUCGUCCCACUGUUGACAAUAUGGGUAUACCAAAGGUCUGUUUUGGAGACUCGGAGGUCUAUUUAACGCACAUUAGCACUCGGAGGGUGGUGGGCUGCUCUGUGUCGGAGCGACGACCAGGGUCGGCUAGUAGCGGGUGUCAUGGUGCUGCUCUACUGGGGUGUGAGCUGAGCAGGAUGUUUGCCUUCACUGUGACGAGGGCCUCGGAGGAAGAGGAGGGUGCUGCCACCAUUGUAGAGCGGGCACACGGGCACAUGAGACUCUUUAUACACAAUGUGAUAAUGAGCAGCUCACGUGUGAAGAGCCCCCACCUGGAGAUGGAGCUAGCCGAGGUCCUCACACAGCUACUCUACUAUUUCAAGAGCCCCUCUAAAGCAGAGCUAUCUCACGAGGACUACCAGAGAGAGGUGGCCGUGUUGAGACAAAGACAGGGACUCUUCAAGAAGCAAGGAGCACUGCAAUACACACUGUCAGUCAUUGUGGAGAUGGCCAAGGCUAGAGCUGACAGCAAAGUCACCAGUCUGUUAUACCAGCUCUUGGCUGCCAUGAUACGUGGUAACCACGACAACUGCCGAGAGUUUGCCACCCAGCGUUGGCUACGAGUGUUCAUGGACCAGCUGUCCUGUCCCUCCCAGUCACACCAUGUCCUUGAUGUGAUUCAGUGCCUUAUCACUGACUCUCCUGAAGUACUGCAUAUCAUAUCUCAGAGGGACAUUGGCUGUAUCGUCAAGCUGUUGCAUAGCAACGGAAGAGAUGCUAAGGUGAUGCGACUGCUCUCCUCGCUGUGUGUGUGUCGUGGGGUUGCCAUGAGAGACAAGCAGAGACACAUCUUCAAGCAUCUCCUCGCCUGUAAAGACCUACUGCUGCACACCUCCCUCAAGGAUAGGGUUCACAGUGUCCAUCCCACGGUGUAUGUGGGCUCCAGGGACAACAGUGCUCUAUACAGCAAGUGGUAUUACGAGGUGCAGCUAACACAACUAUUGCCCGAGGCUACAAUCAACGAGUCACAUUUCCGAGUAGGUUGGGCACACCCUCACUACUUCCAGCCACACCCCUCCAGUAGUGGGUGUGGCACUACGGAAGGGGGGGUGGGCGAUGACGUAUUCUCGAUUGGAUUCGAUGGACGUAACUAUUGGGUCGGAGGUCACUCGCUAGCCCCGCCCACUACGAGGCGGCUUGUUCGACAAUCGUGUUCCAUCGCUGAUGAAGCCACACAAGAUAAGACCACCACCACAUCAUUUGGCGUCGGCGAUGUGAUUGGCUGUUGCUUGGACCUAGAGGGGGGCGUGGCAUGGUAUACAGUGAACGGGACCAGAGUGAGAGGGGAGGUGGUGUUCGGACAUGGCACAGACCUCAUCACUCCGGCCAUUAGCUUCUCUGCUGGCAUCAGUGCUGUGAUCUCACUGGGUGGUAUCCAUGGUCCCCUCUCCUAUACCCCGCCCACUACCUACACACCUCUCCUGGAUGCCAUUGAUCCGACAAUGGACGUACGACUAAUCCCCUUCCGGUGUCUGGGUGUGUCCAACGAUCUAAUCGUGAGGGGGCCUAUGAUAUUGGCUGAUUACGAGGCAUUUGUGCCGGCCCCCAUCGUUACUUCAGGGGUCUCGUUACCAGACCCCCUAUUGAGGUGUGGUCUCAAGGACAGGCUGGCGGAAAAUAUACAUGAGGUCUGGGCUAAGAAUAAGAUAGAGGCUGGCUACACUUAUGCCGAGACCCGUAGCGACCAGCUCAAACACAACCCUAGUCUAAAGGCGUUCAAUGACCUCACUGAAAGAGACAGACAGUACGAUUAUGACAUGGGCCUAGCAACGCUCUCCACACUCAUCGCCCUUGGUUACCAGAUCAGCACUCUAGAUGACUCAGAUAAGGAACUACCAUAUAUGGUAUUGCCCCCGGACAAGUAUCAAAUGUCUAAUGGUUACAUACCUCGACCUUUGAACCUUGCCGAUGUGAGUGUGCCCAAGUGCUUGAGUGGACUGGUGGAAAAGUUGGCGGAGAAUGCUCACAACGUGUGGGCGGUGGGGAAGAUCAGUGAGGGGUGGACCUUCGGAGCUGCCACUGACAAAAACUGCAAAAAAAACAGUCUCCUCGUGCCUUACUCUAAACUGGACCAAGUCUCUCGGAAAUCUAACGAGGAUACAGCUUUAGAGUCCAUUCGUACCAUCAUGGCCCUGGGCUGUAUCAUAGCCCCGCCCACUGACAACACCUCAGACAUUCGCCAGCUGACAAGAGAGUUCUCAGACUCCCACGCCCGAACAAGGACCUUCAGAGGACAGACUUGCUACACCCUCCGAUCAGGGAAAUGGUAUUAUGAGGUGAAGCUGUUGACAGGAGGCAUGAUGAGGGUGGGCUGGGCCACACCCACUUUCAGUGCCGAGAGAGCUCUGGGCGUGGACAAACACUCGUAUGGCUUCGAUGGAUUCCUGGGCUGUAAAUGGCAUAAUGGCUCCGUUAGCUUCGGACAACGCUGGAAGGCAGGUGACGUGAUUGGCUGUCUGCUGGACAUUGAUCAGAAGACUAUGUCCUUUACACUGAAUGGUGAGUUCCUUCAAGAUGUCCACUCUGAGUCCACCAUUGGCUUCACCAACGUGACCUCUACUGGUGGCUUCAUCCCCGCCAUUACUCUGUCAGCCGGGGAGAAAGCACAGUUCAACUUUGGUCGAUCCCAGGACGCCAUGCACCAUGACUACACGGCUGCUGGGUUCCAACCUGUGUGUGCUCCUACUGCCCUACCCUAUAAUCUUCCUCUCUGGUAUUCCUCCCACGGAGGAUACGAGGUUAUUGACCACACCCACCCCACCCUCACCUCCGAGAGUAGAGCCAUCUCAAACACUGAAGCAGCUCAUUCGAUCAUUUCCGUACAGCAAACUGACUGGGACUUUUCAACGCCACCGAAGCAAGAGUGUCUGCGCUUGUGUGUGGGUGUGGCUUUCUCACAGACCACACCCAUUGGUGAGGGUGAGUGUGAGAGGGUGUGUUACUCUGCCGUGGUACCAGCGGGACAGGAUCCAGAUCACGUGUUUGUCGGAUGGACCACCACCGAGUUUCGGUACAUUGAGUCACAGUUUAAGAUUGAUUCAGAUACACAGUCAGCUGAUAUGCAUUACGGGCAACGGAUUGAUCUGAUUGGACGCUCGGAUGUGUCCCACUAUUCUACAGCGUUCAUGGUGUCUCUGUCGGAGCUACUCGAUAGCCAGGAGCCCUUACAAGUGCUACCAUAUCCUGUCACUGUUGUGUGUGUCCUGGACUUUGCGUCUACCAAGCUACAGUUCUCAGUGUCAUGCCCUCAGGGCUCUGACCUACACACUAAUGAAAAGGUCAUCCUCGUCCCACACUCUACCAAACUAUUCCCUACAAUCGUAACCACACCCACUACAAGUCAUGUGAUUGAUUUUGACUUUAACCGUCGGCUAGACUCCGCCCCCCUCUCCUGGCAUCUGUUCUCUCCAUUCCUACAAGCAGCUGGCCUCGACACUGACUCUACUACACUGCCGAUAUGUCCUCCAAGGUUCAAAGUUCAAUCGUACAUGGCAUCUCGUUGGGUACGUCAGAUGGUGUACAAGUCUCGCUACUCAGUGGGUGUGGCCUCAUCAUCCGGUAAACUCCGUCUAUCAUCCGACAGCGAGCGUUCGUUUUCUGUAAUCCUCCGUCUACCACAAGAAGAAGAAACGAUAGACAUUUUGGAGAUUUCAGAGUAUCACUCUCUCAUGGACUUCCACAUACAGACGUUGGAAACGUACUGCGCUGUGUGUUCUCAUUCCAAUCUCCAGCUGGCAGAGAAAAUAUCGAAGAGUCUCGAGUCCACGUCCAUGCUUGGAUAUAUGAGUGUUGCGGAAGAAUCUAUGAAGUAUAAUCUGAUGUUUGCUUAUCUUAAGUUGUUCUUUGCUCUGCAUUUGAAGCACGAAGUUCAGACGAGGCUGGCUAUGAGAGGGGAAUUUGUUAUUCCCCUAUCCGAGUGCACGCAGUCUGUUCCACUAUUUCCUGUCGGGUCACCACAGAACAGGAAGCAAGUGUUUGCAUUGAGCCACGCCCCCCUGCCUGGGAUUGGAGUGGGUGUGGCUAACCAGCUCUGUCAUAAUGUGUCAUCAUCUUUCUCUCGACUGACGUACGGAAAAGAGGAGGGGCUGAAUGGGCGGGGCCUCAAUCUGGAGGACCUCAAAAACCAUGUCUUCCAUAAUCUUGAGUUGCUGCUCUCCACGCGGUCCUAUCGUGUAAAGCUCCUCCCAGCAUCACUAUCAGAGAUCUUCGUUCCUCUCAUUAAUGCUCUGGACUACCUCCUCGUGAUUGGUGGGAUUGAGGGAGACGGGGAUGUAGAGAGGAUGUUGGAACUACUCGACCCUCGUCUCUUCUCAUCAUCAAGCAAACACGUGGAUGUGAUAAGACAAGGCCUGCUGUCUGAUGACGUGGCUUGUGAGGAACCAAUCAAAUCAGCUCUCUGUGACCUACUACACCACCUCUGUGAUUGUCAGGUCCAGCACAGGGUGGAGUCAGUUGUCACGUUCUCCCACGGUUUUGUCGACCAGCUGCAAGAAGAACAAAAGACGCGACACUGCAAAUACUUCCGUAGCAAGCCACGAGAGUUUCGUUGUCCUCCUGAGAUGCAACUGCACUCCAUGCUCUCACGUAAACCACCCCCUGGUCUCACCAGACUACACAGUACGUUGACCGCUUUUCAUCGGCAGCUACAGAAUCACUGUGGGGGAUUACAGGUCAAAGGUCAAUCACAUGAGUCACUGUCAGCGUCUCAAAAACUGGCACAAGUUGUCGAAUUAAUUAAUUCACCGGACGAGCCUGAUGGUAGUCAUGACGAUAGAGGCAAUAAAGGUAGUCAUGUGACGUCUCUACGUGAGCUCAUCACCAUAACGAUGGUCAAGUGGGCCGAGUCGGAGAUACAGGACUCUGAUCUGAUUGGUCAGAUUUUCUCACUACUACACCGACAAUUUGACGAAAUGGGUGAAGUGUCCGCAGCACUUAAGAAGACGUACGUUAUAGACCUUGAUGGGGAGAGGGUUCGGGAGGACCUCGGGGACUUCAUUCAUGCUCUGGGAUCUCUGAGGCUACUACUAGGAGUGGGCAUGGGCAAGUCAGAGGAGGGGCUAAUGAAGGAGUCUCUCAGUGCUAUCCAGUCCAGUCAGCUGUUCUACUGCCACCCUCACCUGUUACGCCAGCUGGGAGUACACACGACCGUCCUGGGGCUCAUCAGGAGUCACCUCGGUAUCAGCGGGGGACCUGACAAGAACCCUCGUGGUCCAGCACACAGGCGGCACUUCCGGACCCCCCGCGAUGCCCCACCCCCUGUGGAGGAUUGCUGUAGGUUCUUGUGCACGUUUGCUCGUAUCAGUCAAGAGAACCAGAGGGUACUGUUUGGUCACCUUGGUUACCUCCUGCAACACAUGGAGAAAUACCCAGAUCUUAUGCUGAGCUCUGGAUGCACCCCUCUCGAUGUUGCCACGGCGACCAUCCGUGACAACCAAGAGCUCGCAUUGGCUCUCGAGGAAUCACAACUUGAGAAUGUAGUUACGCUACUCGUUGCCAUAACAACCAGUGAUCGCUCUGGCUCCCAGGAGCUCCCAUACUCCACCCCUGGUAGCGGGUUAGGAAUAGUGCACUCGGCUUCUUUCUCCGUCAACUACGAGUGGAACCCUCGCGUGGGUGGCAAGUGUCUCGAGUUCCUGCAGUGUGCAGUGUGGGUCGACAACGAGCAGAUCCAAGAGAAUGCCUACUCAGUGGUGCGACUCCUCAUACGUCACUCAGAGUGUAUGGGUCCCGCUCUCGCUGGAGAUGCCCUGGGCUUAUACACAGUCUACAAGGAAGCCAUAGACAAUCUGGAGCCAGAGACGUCAGGUUUUGCUGAUGUCAGCAUCAAUGAUCGCAGAGAUAGCUUCUCCUCCAGUACAUCUUCUUUGUUCAGUCGACAAUCAACCAUUUUCAACGGGAAUUCUCUCUCAACAAAAGCUGUACUCUGCUACUACACAAAUCUGAUUCGUCUCCUGGCAUCAUGUGCUCCUCACAUGACCACACACCACACCCCCUCCUCUGGAUAUGCCCACAACAAGCGGAAGGAGGGCGGUGAUCUACGUACCCAAAACAUCUUACGAAACUUGGUCAAAAUUGACGACAUUGUCGAUAUUCUGUCACUACCCUACUCGUCUGAGACGCAGCCUGGAGUUAGCCCCGCCCACAAGACGGCGGUUGUAUGGUUUCUGGACCGAGUAUAUGUCAUCAAGGACCCCGAGGUGUUGUUAGGUCUGCUCUCUAAAGCGUUCCUCCCUGACAUUAAGUUGGCACUCAGAGCAGCCACCACGGGUGAGAGAAAUCCCCAGUUCAGUCAGUCUCUGAAUCGUUACAUCUCUUCCUCCGUACUCCCGCUGCUCAGUGGGUGUGCUACUCUAUUUAGAGCCCUCCUGACCCACCUACAUGUUCUCAACGGGUUCCUCGAGUGUUGUAUACAACUGUACACGUCCGUCCAGCUGUCGCCAGGGCAACUAGACAACAUAGCAACAUUCCUAAUCGCAUUCAGCAGGGAGCUCCACCCACGAGCGCUGCAAGGCUAUAUUCCCAAGAUCAUCCCUAAUCUCAGCUCCAUCAACAUCACUAGCACUGUGCACUGUAAGUUUUUCACGGCCCACUACACGUGGUACGCCCGCUAUUAUCAGAGUGGAGCACUCAACAAGAGCUACCUGGGUCACGCUGAUCAGGACGAGAAGACGGCAGCUGCUCUAGUGGUACACCGCCUCAUGGACACUCUCUCUGGCAAGUUGCCAGACGACCCGUCCCUCCUCCGCACAGCUGUGGGUUGUCUCAAGGCCACCACUUGUGCCCUCUCACCCAACACACUCGUACCGCUGACUCAGCAACUACUCACUGUCUACCCCUCCUCUGGACACACCUAUGAGCCACGCCCCCUAGAUACCACCAGUAUCACCAUGACAACAACCCACCGGCAGUUGGCUGGCUCUUAUGCUAGCUACCUGCACGACUGCUGGGUGUACGAGAGAGAGUGUGAGGGGUGGAGCUGUGGGGAGGAAGUGGAUCAUAUCCGCCUCAAGCACAACCACCUCAGGCCAUUCAAUACACUCAGCAAUGAGGUGAGGAUGAAGGUGACUGGUGGUGUGGAGGCAGUGAUGAAGGGGUUAAUCCUCAAGGGUUACUCGCUCACCAAACAGUUCACGCUUGACCCACACACAAUUCCCUACAAGACAAAGAAGAUGUGCAUCCGUCGGCCCAAGAAAUCAAUAGUGGGUGUGGUCAAUAAGUGGGUGGAGUCACCGUACGAACCAGAUGUAUGGGACCUCACUCGCGUAGACCUGAGGAUCGACCAACGGGUUGUUGCUGAGUCACUGGCCGAAGAUAUUCACGAUCGCUGGGCACUUGACUUACAGCAGACCACCCCCUCCGAGUGCCACGCCCACCCCUCGUUUCUCCCAUACGUCCUGCUGGAUGAGAGUAGGAAGGAGAAGCUGAGAUCCUAUGUCAUGGACCUGCUCAAGUUCCUAAGAGCCUCGGGCUACGAGUCUAACCGAACCUAUCGUAACAACAGCACGUCCUCGUCCACCAAGACCAGUUGUGCACAAGACAAGUUCGGAGCGCAACUAUUUGACAAGUUUCUCUCCCUCCUGUCGAGCUCCGCCCACUCGUUCCACACUCAAGUGCUAUUCCCGACACUCACGGCUUUCCUCUCACACCACGCAUCCUAUUUCAUGCCCACCGUCGGAGGUCACAGAGGUCACAGCUUUGCCUCAAAAACAGAGAAACUUAAAAUCCUGAAAAUGUAUUGCCGUGUGAUGGAGUACACACGUCAACACUUGCCCACCCUCCUCUGUCCAAUAACCACACCCCCUAAUAUACUCGAGAGGACCCCCCCGGAAGGGGGUGUGGCCGUCAGUGACUCGGACACUAACUGGAUGACUGUCAACUGUAUACUAGCUCUCGUUAACAGUCUUGUCAAAUCUCUGGACUUAACAGGCGUACUGGACGGAGGGGAGGGGCUUGAGAUAGAGUGUCCAGAAAUUGUGGAUUUCUUUCGACAGGCUGUCAGUGGAAUGCAUCUAACAACCAAGAAUCUCGCUAGACCUGAUAAAAUAGACGCUCAAUUCCAUUUUUAUUGCCUCCACUUGCUAAUUCCGGCACUCGGCUCGCUCUUCGGACACAUUGGUCACCAUGGCAACGGAGGGUUGCUCAUCACGGGCCCAGUGCAAACACACUGUCGUUACAUAUUUCAGAACCUUGUGGAAAUGGCCGUCAGCACUGGACCAGUUUAUGUGGGCAGCUCUCCGCUCAUCACAAUCGGUCGGUGCAUGGGUUCAUUUGCUCUCGCGUACCCUGACCCCUUCCUGGAGAACGGGACCUUCGGGUUCUCACUCAACUCACUAUUGGAGCAGCUACAUCGAGCCACAGUCGAGGGUGCUACCAGCGGCAACGUACUGUUUGUUGUGGACAUCAUUAAUCCAGUCCUCACCAACUAUCUGUGUAGAUGGUGGGACACUUCACACAGUGAGGCUACUGUGAACAGUGUUACCAUAGCAACAGUGGACGAGGUGGUGGGUGCAAUCCUCUUAAUGCUGGCUAGCCACUUUGGACUAGGGAGGGUAUCGUGGUUUCCACGGUUACUGGACGGAGCUCUUCUAUUGGCCGGCAAGUGUUCGCUGGAGCUGCUCUCGUGUCAGCUGGUUGACGUGGUAACAGAGCUCCGAGAGACAUCCAUUGGUCUCUGGGGGGAGGAGCAAUAUACGAGUGCAUCGUGGAGUCAGGGGGCGGAAGAGGGCGUGGUCGACCACACCCACUCAAUUACUCAGAACUACAAAGUGUUCACACGUGACUUGGCAACCAUUCUCUCGUUCCUAGCCGUGUAUCUCCACACCCACUCAUUUGCCCUCCGCUCCCACACCUCCACACCUCACACACUCCACCCCCUCUCACACGACACACGCGAAGCACUCAAAAGUGUGUUUGUAUCUCUUGCAGACAUCUUUCACUGUUGGUCAUCCUCGCAAAUGUUCAAACGAGAAUUUCAGACUUCGACCUUUACGCUGACCGAACAAUCGAGACAAUUUCACCUGUGCCGACAGUUUGUACAACCCGUGGGCGGGAAGGCACACUUAUCACAAAGCAAGAAGCCACCUAACCUCCUCCUGGCGUGUUUGGAGCUGUUGCUGCCCCUUAAUGACCAGGAGCUCUCCCCUGACGACCGUCUCAUAGUGGGUGUGAUCAAGAAUAAAUUGGGAAAGAAGAAGGUUGUUGCUGAAGAUCUCAAGGAGGAGAUAAUACAAGAGCUGGAAGCAAGAGCUACUAAGAGUCAGCCCCUGGCUAGACAACUCGUUAAGAGGUUCUCUCAGAAGCUGUUGCUAAUAUCUCCAGAGUCAAGUGUUGAGGAGAGGGCUCUCAAUAUCCUGAGUAUUGCUAAAGUCCGCCAUAAGCUAGAGCAGGUGGAGAGGGGACACCUGGCUCAGAGCAGGUGGAGGCAGCUCUUCUCCCAGAGGAAGAGGAAGGCCAUUGUCAAGUGUUUCCUUGCUGUGCCUUACUUCAAAGUCAACAAACACAGAGCCAUCAACAUGUUCCUAGGUCAGUACUGCUCCUCUUGGCUAACCACCUCCGAACAUGGCAGCCACUUACGUCUCACAGAGGAACUACUAGACAAACAGGACUACAUCGCACUACAGAGAUCACAUGACACAUCACAAGACGAGGGGGCGUGGACGGACAACCGUGUCGAUCCAUUUUCUCAGCUCUUUACAAUGUUCAAACGUGCAGCAUCAGCAAAUGAGGGUGUAAUGACAUCACUGUACACUGCGUACGCAGAGCUACUGAGUAAGAGUGUAACAGGUCAUGAGGAAGAGGAGCUAGACGGUGACGACAACGCCACUAAAGCAUACGAGUUAUACUCGCAACAGAAGGCGGAGCUAGUACACAAACAAGAGCAGUUAGCGGAGAGAGGGGCACAAUCAAUGGUUUUGGUCGUCCUCACAGCCUCACACGGAGAGGCCACCUCAUUGGUCCACUCCACACUCAAGCUGGGAAUAGCGCUCCUCAAGGAAGGCAACAAAAGAGUGCAAGAGGAGAUGCUAGCGGAGCUACGAGGGAUGGACGUUGGUUUCCUGUCUAGUAUAGCGUCACUAAUAUCAACAUGUGGAGUGCUUAAUUGGAACGCUUAUCAGCGAUUCAACAAGUCCGAAGCUGCCUCCCCCACAAGUUGUGUGAGCAAAGUCCUCCCUCGUUCCUCAUUCACCGUAUCUCUGUUCCGGUUCCUACAACUUCUCUGCGAGGGACACAACCUCUCAUUCCAAAACUACCUCCGAACACAAGCCGGCAACACCACUACUAUCAACAUUGUCAUCUGCACCGUUGACUACCUGCUCCGCCUACAAGAGUCCAUCUCGGACUUUUACUGGCACUAUUCAGACUAUCCCAUAAUCGAUCUGCAGGGUCGCGAGAAUUUUCUAAAAGCGUUUAAAGUAGCGAAACAAGUUGUACGCACGCUAACAGAGUAUGUGCAAGGUCCUUGUAUCAGGAACCAAGAGGCUCUGGCACGCAGUCGUCUGUGGGAUGCAGUAUCCGGGUUCUUGCAUAUAUUCUCUGUACUGCAACGUAAGCUGUACCGGGAGACUAGUCAGGUGGAACUGUUGAGGGAGUUGCUCGGACUACAGGAGGAGGUGUUCAUUCUCAUGCUCUCGCUGCUCGAAGGUUGUAACAUGUCCAGUAACAUCGGACGACUGAUGUUAGACACCCUCCUAGAGUCAGAGGCACACAUUCAAGACAUCGCUCAGUUCUUCCUCAUCUUUGUCAAACUCAAGGAUGCCACCACCUCCAAGGCUUUCCGGGAGUACGAUCUUAACCAGGAUGGGUUCAUUUCGUAUCGAGAGUUUGAGCGCGCCAUGGAGGCUCAGCAGAGAUACAACAAGGAGGAGAUAGUGUACCUGAUGGAAUGUGCUGACCUCAACAAAGAUGGCCUGUUAGAUUACCUCGAGUUUACCGAACGGUUCCACCAACCAGCUAAGAGCAUUGGAUUCCAUCUCUGUGUCCUGGUCGUCCACCUGGGGGACCUGCUCCCCUCGGACUCUCGUCUCACCGCAUUCAAACAGCUUAGCCAACUGAAACAGCUGAUGAUGCACUUUGAGAGGAACAUGGGCUGCAUCGAGAUACUCGGGAAGAGUAGACGUGUCGAGAGAGUCUACUUCGAAGUGGCAGACUCUCGGAGGAAACAAUGGAAAGAGACACAGAUCCAAGAGUCGCGAGUGGCCUUCUUACACACGCUGGAAAUGAGCAGUCAAAAGAAUAAACUGAAAGGGUUCGUUUCUUUCUGUGAGGACACCAUCUUCGAGAUGGACCAGGCUGAUAAGAUCAGUGGCUCUGAACAGCAGGCUCUGGAGAGUCGGGCGUCUGCUCAUCGCAGAACUCAUAAUAUCAUGACCCAGUCUAGUGCUUUUCUGUCUCGUGUGAGGGCGCAGGUGAGUGCCUUCCAACAAGACCACUCCCACAUUGUUAGACUAGUGAUCACCGUCUGGAGCAUAAUAUUGUGGGUGUGGCUUGUAGUCAAGACAACUGCUGGAAAAUCAAUAGAUUUGUGUAUUUCCUGCUACCGGGUAGUGCGUAGAAAACUCCGCCCACUUCCUGCCCCUCCCACUAUUGCGGUAUCCACCCCCUCAACAAAGGAGAAAAACCGUCCCGCCAAACUAACCCUUUCAGCUAAGGUCAUAGGUCAAAGUACAAGUCACAGGGCCAGUACAACAACACAAGACUACCCACCCUCUCUAAACGUUGUUGCUGGUUCUCGACGAACCACCUCCCCCAACAUUGCUAAUGGCGAUAAGGUAGCAGGGAACUCAAAAUACAAGAGAGUACUGAGCCAUGACUUUCACCGAGGCUCACGCAAUUCACAUCCUCACAGCCCUCACAGCCUCACACUGACGUACGAUCGCUCUCGUAUGAAGCGGCCAUCCGUGACAAUGGACACACCCAUUUCGGAUAAUUUACAUCGUGACUUGCCAGACAGUUAUACACCUCUUAUCACCGUGACUCCUCGUAGCUGGCCGUCUAAACUAGCUCGCAACUAUUACAGUCUCAACAGCUGCAAGUUUGUGCUCACUUUUAUCAUCAAUAUCAUCCUGCUCUCGUUCAAGGUGAGCUCGCUUGACCGUUCCUUUGCCCCACCUGCUGUAUUUGAGAAUGGCACAAGAUAUGAACUCCAGGAUCCAUUUUGGGGACCUCUCCUCCUCAAGUCACUGGGUCUGCUGCACUUUGCUGUGUCAGCAGUCCUCAUAGCAUCCUACUGGUAUCUCAAGGUACCCCUGGUAAUAUUCAAGCGUGAGAAGGAGAUUGCUCGCAGGUUAGAACUGAAGCAGAUGUGGGUUGUCAAGGAGCCCACUACACUACGUGACAAGUGGGACCGUCUGGUCGUAACUUCUCAGUCUUUCCCGCGAAAUUAUUUCGACAAACAAGUGAAGCGUCGUGUGGUUGAGAGUCAGGGGCCGGGAAAGGUCAAGGAGAGGUCAUCCAGACUAGGAAUGCUCAGUAAAAGCAAGUUUGAGCGGAGGUCAAAGUUCGAGAGAGUGUUAGAAAUGUGUUACUUGCUUGUGGAUGUCAAGUACAACCUGUGGGCUCUCGGAGUUACCGUUAGUGAUGUGAUGAUACAGUACCAGUUGUUUUACUGCGUUCUGAGUUUUGCUGGUCUAAAUUGGAGCUACUUUAUCUUCUCGUACCAUCUUCUGGACCUAGUGAUGAGCUUCAAGCUUCUCCGCACUGUUCUCAACUCAGUGUUGAAUAACUAUAAGCAGCUGGCUAUGACCAUACUCAUGACCUGUGUAGUGAUAUACAUCUACACUGUCAUUGCGUUCAACUUCUUCCGAAAGUUCUACCGUCAGACCUCGCCUAAAGAGCAAGCCUGUGAUAGCAUGUUCAAGUGUUUCAUCUACCACAUAGAUGUGGGUCUCCGCUCGGGAGGGGGGAUUGCGGACGUCCUGGAACCGGCUCUAGGGGAUCCCAACGAGUUCACGCGACUAUUAUUUGACAUCACUUUCUUCUUUGUCGUUAUUGUCAUCCUCCUCGCUAUCAUACAAGGUCUAAUCAUUGACUCGUUUGGAGAAUUGAGGGACAGAGAGGAAACGUUGAAUCAAGAGAUGGCUACAAAGUGCUUCAUUUGUGGUCAGACUAGCAACAAGUUUGACCGAGUUCCCCACGGCUUUGAGAACCACAUCACCAAGCAACACAACAUGGUCCACUACCUUUUCUUCCUCCUCUACCUCAUCAAGAAAAAGGAGUCAGAGUUCUCAGGCCAGGAAUCGUACGUGUGGGAGAUGUACUUGAAGCAGGACUGGGACUUCUUUCCCGUGGGAGACUGUUUCCAGACACAGCUGGACACUCGUACUGCCACACCCAUCUCUGCAGGGGGUGUGGAGAUUGGGGGAAACCCCUCAUCAAUACCAGGAUCCCCUGCAGUCCCCAGGAGAACUACAACUGCACCCGUUUAGCUUAGCCAGACUUUUUAGGACGUUUGUUUUAGAAUCACCAAAUGCUGUUAUUUAUUCAUAAAUUUUGUUUUGUAUAUACUGCAAUCACAGUACACUAUAAUACCUAUGGUACAUAUUUUUGAAAA